AUUUUAGGACUUUCUAAAUUCAUUGUAGUGAGAUAGAGAAGUUAUAAUAGUGCAAUGUGAAUUUUACGCAAUUAAACCAAUGCUUUGUUUACGUCUGUUCAUUCGACACCUAUGCAAGUAUCGUUACUCAUUUGUUUUAGUUAAGUUUGUACAGUUUUGUCAAGACAGAUUUGAUAGGAGGCAGGCAGUCAAAAUGACAAUGUUUUGAUCUUGUUAAAAGUUCUUGUUAAGUUUUUAUAGUUAUCCUGUAAAAUUAAGGUUGAGGUUUAUUGUGUAAAUAAUUUGUUGUAUUGUUAACUCCAUAGUUAGUAUUUUAUAUUUCAUAAAUUGUGUUAGUAUGGACUGUAUUUAAAUUGAACAAGUGGAAGACUGAAGAAAAUGAUCCAGGCUCAGCUAAUAAUGGUUGCCUCGGGACACAUUACUCAUAUGCUGCUACGUGUCGAAAUAACAUGAAUCAAAAUGGGUUGCUUCGUCAGUAAAGACAAACUCACCAAGGAGGACAUGGACUUCCUCAAGACCCACACGUCGUACGACGAGACCACCAUCAAGGAGUGGUACAAAGGUUUCAAGCAAGACUGCCCCAAUGGAAGACUAACGCCCGCCAAGUUCGUGGACAUGUACAAGAUGUUCUUCCCCUCGGGCAACGCUGUUGAGUUUUGCGACCACGUGUUCCGCACAUUCGACAUGGACAAGAACGGAUACAUAGACUUUAAGGAAUUUCUGCAGGCGAUUCAUGUAACAUCGAGCGGCACUCCUGAGGAGAAGCUGAAGUGGGCCUUCCGCAUGUACGACGUGGAUGGAAACGGGGUCAUUGAUAUCCAGGAGAUGACCAAGAUUGUUCAGGCGAUCUAUGACAUGCUUGGCGCGUGCUCAAGUAACAGGCCGGCCGAUUCCGCCGAGGAGCGUGCCAAGAACAUCUUCGCCAAGAUGGACGAGAACAACGACGGGCAGCUCACGCAGGACGAGUUCCUCAAGGGCUGCCUCCAGGACGAGGAGCUGUCCAAGAUGCUUGCGCCCUAAGCGCCAGAGCGGCAACCCUUACCCGCCCCUACCCUUGUACAAACAGCAUCACCAUCUGAUGCAUUCACAAGUCACAACAGUUUGAGCUGCCUGUAAGAACAUCAAAUUCCAAUUGCAUUCCAUUCAAUUUGAUAACUCGCAGUUUGGUUUUAUAUCAAAGAACUGCUGGUUGCAUAACCAAAUUCUGAUUCGAAAAAGUAAAUUUCUGCUAGUUACAGAGCUUGUGUGGAUGCGUUGAUGGUAACAUCAUCGUAGAUUUUCAAAGCACACCGUAACAUUUGAACUUGAAAAUUGUAAUGUGAGUGUUUGUCUAGAACUCUGAAACGUAAGAGUGGUGCUGUUUGUACCUUACGAUCCCCGUGGCUCUCUGUCCACACGACAGCAUACAGCUGCGUUCCAAUACUGAUGUGUUAUUUGCGAACUUUCUCACAACUAUCACACUAGUACCAACCAACCUCCAUAUACACCCCAACUGAUUUUUAUCCGUAGUGUACGCCCGCCCGAACAAACCAAUUGUGGGCAAAUAUGUAUUCAGCAUACUCCGACAAACGACGGGCUUUUUGCCAACCGUGAUAUCGGAAAUAUUUAUGUUUUCAAUGGCACGGUUAAAUUUUCGAGUAACUUUUGAACGUGGGCUGUCGUGUGACAGGCAUGAGUGGGGCAGGUCACACUCUCAUGCCGCAGCAUGUGACUUCUAACGCUUCUGCGCACGGUUACCAUGCUAAGUUAGAGACUGGUGGCAUAAUUUCUCAAAUAUUCACCGAUCACCUCAAUUAUCACAGCAUACAGUUAGCCUUUCAGUAAUCCGGCUAGAAAAUCAGUCGGAAAAUUCGAAUUUCCCGUGUGCAUUACGAACUUCAAUGUUUGUUAAAUAAACUGUCGCUAACAUGCGGAAAAUGUUGGGUAAAUCGUGUGCUUCAGUUUCUAACUGCGCAGGCCGCAGUGUGUGUCUGAUCGGACGCUGUUUGCGCAGCGCACAGAGAACACGCGUACUGUGUACGUCAACAAACAGACAUGUAUGCAAACCCGGCCGCUCGCCCCUACCAGACUCUCCCGCUGGCCAAUUACUAUAUGUGCCGUUGACCAGAAAAUACCUGCACCAAACAACCGAUACACAGCGAGAAGUUCGCUCAUUAGGACCGCAGGCUUUCCUAUUUCGGUUCUUAAAACUAUUUAAAAGAAGGCCAAAAGACACACACAUAUUAAACCAAUAAUUUUGGAAUCAGAAAUAAGUAUCAAAUUUAUCAUCUUGUCAAAAACCUUGUUUGGCGACUAAAUUCUGAAACUCAGAAAGUCAAAUUCACUGUAACAAUUUUAGAUGUUUCAUCGAGGGAUACAAACGGGGUCAUCGAUCACAUCAAAAACAAGCGAACGCUCUAAAAAUGCCCUCAGUAAAAUACCUUAAGCUGAACCCCGACUCGCAGAGCACAGUAUGUUUCGUCGUUUAAUGACGCGGCGUUAUAGAGUUUUUCGCAACCGAGUCUUGCAUUGUAACAAGUGCGGUGCUCGUGAAAAUAUUAUUUUAUGCAUCGCGCUGGUGAACCAACCCCGCGCCCGUGUGGAAGUAACUUCGCGAAAAUAUGCGCCCGUGCCUUUUGUGGGGCGGACGUUUCACUGAAUCGGUUUCCGAGCGAUGGAUUAAGGUCUGUGCACGCUAACCGUGCCGCGGUGUGUUUGUAGCACAAUUCAUCUAAGGUGCAAUUUCGUAUAAACUGUUGCGUGUAACAUACGCUUGGUUUGCAUGCAUAGUUUAUACAAAACCACCCCUUGUGCGUAGAUUUAUUACCGUAUUUCGCGACAGUUCAGCUGAGGCAGUCUAGUUUGUGUGUGUCUUUUUGUGGGAUGCAGUCAGUUGUGUGCGGGCGUAACCAAACGCGGCCGGAAUAAACUCCGAGUAGAGCGAUUGAUUGCAUACAUGUUUGAUCCACACUGCGUUUCCAACCUAAAUCGCUGCUCUAAAAACAGAAGCCAAAAUGGUUAACAACGCCAAUGGGACGUAACAUCUGUACACCCCUCCACCUCUUGAAGAAUGAUCGACCUGCGCUUCCCACGCUUUUGGGUCAAACAUUUUUGUCGAUUUGUAAAAAAUAUAUUUAUAUAAGCAUCGACGCCGUCGGUGGCUUUCGAGUAUUAAAAUUGUCCAUUCCUAUCGGUAUUUAAGAAUGAUAAAAUGUAUGUCGAUUAUUAUGAAGUUUCUGUCGUUGUCGGACUGUCCACUUCGCGAAUAGUAUAAGUACAUAAUGUGUCCGAACCGUUCACCUCUUAGAUGAUACUCGUAUAAACCCUGAUGUACUCGAUCUGUCUGGUUCAACCUUCCUCCUAUCCGUGGAAUAACUGCACAGUAUAAACUAAUGUCAAUCUUUAAUUAUACUAUUAAGACAACUAUUAGUGUAGCGGUGUGCAAACUGCAAACAGAGUGGGCCGGAGUUGAGGCUCUCACUCUGGCCACUUCUGUUCAGGCGAUCUAUGUAAGUUCUAUUAAAGUAACCGUAACAUUUUACAUGGGUAACAAAAUUUGUAUUAUUUAUAUGUAUAAUAUCGUUGUUUUCGUUUGUUCAUUCAUCAGGGAUCUUCACCAUUUUCAAGGUCGGUUCUAAACCAACUCCUCUAUGAGCUUCUUAUCCCUUCAUUAUUUCUGAGCUUUAAAUAUAAAUGAGUUUUUCUCUUUAUACAAUUUAGGGCUAUAAAAAUUAAUAUUUGAAAUUUCAACUCUAGUAAUAACGACAUAAGUUAUUUUUACGCUGAGUAUUGUAGGCGUUCACAUCAUUUCCCCACUACUGUGCCUUCUAGUUCUCUGUAAAUACGUUACUGAUCAUCGUCUGUUCAUUUAUAUUUUCCAAGUUACCUUACGUUCGCAAACUCUCCUUAACUCACCAAAUGCCAAAUUCGCCUUGAAUUUAUCAUUUACGUACCAAAUAUGUUAGUGUGCCCUAGUCACAAAUUUUAGUUUGUAUAUUUAGCUUUUAGUAUAUUUUGUUGAUGUUGUUGCUUAAUUUUGUGUAGUUUUUGUUAAAUUUCACGAUGGCAACGCAGAGAAAGGGGUCGCGAAUCGUCAACAUAGUUCUAAGUUUGUUUCCAAAUGUUUUAAUUGAAUGUAAUUUAAUAUGGAUCGCACAAAUUCCCGGUCAAUAUAACUGCGCAUUUCGCCAAGACGCGGUUUUCUUCAAGUAUUCUUAAAAUACUUGUCACAACAAUGUUUCAAAGGAGCAUUUUAGGAAUAACGCUGCUUCAAUUUUAAAUCAAAAAUCAAAUUUGUAUAAGUAUACCAUUGAAGAUCGGAGGCCAAGUCUUUGAUUUGUAUAAAUAUAAUAAAUUAAUGGUCUUGAAGUAUAAUAUUUUGGAUUACAAUUUAAUAGUUGAAUAAGGCUUUUAAACUGACUUUGUGAAAUAGAAUGUAAGCAUUAUGCACUAAACUAACUUUUGAAUUAUUAUAUUAUUGAAUAAUUAUGUACAUUCCAACGUAAUGAGUACAUUAAUGAAUGAAUUCUAUUUAAGUAUUUUUGUAAUGCAUAAUUUAUUCUACCCAUUGUAUUGUAUCACUCCUAGGUGUAUCAUUUUAUUCUUUGAUGAUCUAGCAUAAUACAUCCGAGCGAAAUUGUAAUUUUUUACGUUUUAAUAAUUUCACAUUCAUUAAUACUUCAUUUAUAACAUUUCCCUGAACUGAGACGAGAUCAAAUGUUCUGCAACAAACAAUUAACGAGAAUGAGAAACAUAGGAACAAUUUACUUUUAAAAAUGAUUGAAAUGAAAUGACUGAAUUUUAUACAAUUAAAGAAGAGGGAUCAAUAACUCAUCUUGGACCUGAAGGUAGUUCUCGUAGACAGGGUGUUGUGUGACAUAUCACAAAAUUGGAUUUUAAUUCAACUAAAAUUGGUUCAAUUUCAGUUGCCAUAACGCGCGCGCGCCUUUUAAGCUGACAAAGCUGUGGAGAAACCACAGCGUACUUUUCAGAUAUUUACACGUAAUAUAAGUUUCAAGCGAAUAUAACAUAUCUCAAUAACUGAGAAAUAAAAUUUCCUUCGGUCAAUUAGGUUUUGUUAUUGGCAUUAGUACGCGACCCAGGCCUAUGUCAGUUGCUAUUAUCGUAAACGGGGCUACACGGUAGUCUUAGUAGUUAGUACUUACUCGUUUCUCUUUGUCCUCAAUCUAUGUACACAUAAGGACUUCAACUUCCUUUCGGAGCGUAACGCACGUACGCGGCACCGCACUAUACAUUAUAUCUCUUUUUAAUAUAAAUCUCAACUCUGUAGUGAUAUGAGUAAAUGAAUGUGAAAAGUUGCCAUGUUUCGUAUGCUUAAUUAGUAUUAUGUUUAUAAUUGUGCCAUGUAAUAAAAAAAAAUUGGAAAAAAUACGAAUUGUAAAAAUGUGUCAACAUCUGCUACGCACAAAAUGAUAAUGUAAUGGCGCUUGAUCGAGACGGUGAUUUCCGUACUUAGUGCGCUUCACCAACAAUGUCGACUAAUUUACUGUCUCCGCGUAACUUUCCAUAGUUGUCAUUAAGUACAACUAUUUCAUCUGUGAUUUUCCUUUUUCGUCAGGUCAUUUUAUAGAAUUUCUUCUUGGUCUCAAUUAUCAAUCUCAAUAAAUAAAAUUGUAAGCCUACUUGGGUGUAUUAUUACUCUGUCAAUAUUAUUAUUAAGGUAAUUUUACUAUGAUAUAUUAAUUACAAAGCGAGUAGAGCGGUGAUUGUGCGCACUACUUUGUAUGUCCGUAUUGUCCGUGCGGGUGAAACAUUUCGCUAGAGCAAGACCGAGUGCGCGCCUAAUAAGAUUUUUUCAUUAUAACGCAGUAUUCAAUUAUUGACAGAGUAGUAUUUUAGUAUUAGACGUGUACACGACCAUCGAGGUUAAGGUUUAAUUGUGAAGUUAUCUGAAUACUUACCUGUUCUUGAUUCAAUGCCUUUGAUUGAAAGUCAGAUCGUGUAUGUAUGAAAUUAUCUAAGACGAGAUUUGCAGAGAGAAGACCACUCUUCUCCUUACUUAAAGAAAAUUGUAACAGUAUUUCACCAAUCGGCAAAUGCAGUGCAUCUUCGACUUGUAAGUUCCACCGCCGAAAUUGCCUCCGGUUCGUUCAACCAGUUAAAUAUUAACUUUGAUGAUGUACACCGAUGAACAUAUUUGAUCAAUUUUUGUGUUAGUUGUGUAGUUUAUGCAUAAUAAUUGUAUUUUAUAGUAAGCAUCAAGCACAAUUCAUUUAAUACACUGUGUAUUAUUUAUUUCUAUAGUAUAUGUAAUAGAAUAGGUACGUUUUAAGAUGUGAAUUUAGCUACGAAACGCACUAUGUGGCCAUAGAAUUUUGGAAAUAAAUUAGCCCUUAAAAUUUACAGCGUCCUGUGUCAACUUUCUUAGUCCGAAACUAAGCCAGUACUUGCCGCAAGCUUUUUGUAAACGAAAUUUAAUAUUAAAAAUUCAAAUUUAUAUUUAAUGUGUACCUAAAUGUGUAAUAGUUGCACGUAGGUAAAUUAAGUAUUGGCUAACUAAAAAGAACUUGAAUUAAUAACAUCAAAUCUCUGUUGGCCUCUUUAUCUUAUUAGCAUAAAAAGUUCAAAUUUUGUAAAACGAAAUUUUUAAUAUUCUAGAAAUUGGCAGGCAUGAUAGUUUUAUCAUACAGUUUCCUCCGUUACUUACCAGUUGUAUUGCCCAGUUAACAUAAUUUACGAAUAACACUAGGUUCUGUCUUGACAAAACUGUAAACUUCAUUUGCAAAAAUGUAUAUUUGCAUGGUACACACUCAAUAUUACCUAAAGCGGUGUUGUCAAUAUUAACUUAGUCCCCGUAUUAGAGUAGUACCUUGGCACCUGUAAUAGAUGGAUACAAUACCCUCAACUCUGAUGUACUUUUCAAAUACAUAUUUUUAAUGAUUCACAUUUUGCCUAUUCAUGUAUAAUAUACAAAUUACAAAAAGAAAAUAGUUCGUAA